CCUGAGGGGCUGAUGGGAACUGGCAGAGGCAGCAGCAGAAUCCUGCUCUGUGACCUGGCCUGGCGGUUCAUCUGUCAGAACUUCUACCUCUGGUCUCCGUGGGCUGGCUGAGUGAUGGCUUGUGCAUGGCCUGGAAGGGGGUCGGUUGGGCAAUGACUUCAUAAAUGAAGGCGGAGUCCCGAGGGGUGCCCAGCCCUUUCCUCAGAAUGCCUUUCCCAGCUCUCACUUCUCUCCCCCUAGUGCUCUUUCCCUGGGAGGGCUGCAUUUCCUCCUGGCCUCUCUGUCUUUGGAGGAAUCUUCAUGCUUCCUCCCUUCUGCCGUGAGCAUGAGUGGGAGAGGAAGAGGUAGCCCCCCAGGACUUAUUUAGGCUCCUGGGGCCAGGAAAGGGGAGGAGUCCUUUAGUGGAGGAACUCUGAUCUUUGAGGUUCUGGACCGCUCAGUGUGAGCUGUGGCAGUGUUACGUGCUAUUCCUAGGACAGGUGCAAAGUCCCAGGUAGAUGGGAGGAGCUGCCUCAGGCAGGCUGGGCUUCUCUCUGGCUCUGGGCCAGCGUCACAGUGUGUUUGGAGUGGGUGUUGGGAAGAGUGCAGGGUCUUUGCCCACGUCUGCUGAGUGAGGCCCACACAGUGCUGGGAGGAGCAGUACACCUCCCUGGGCCCAGUCCUGGGGGUGGGGGUGCCCUGGGAGCUUCCAUGGACCUGCAGGAGUAUAGUCAGGGUGAGGGGCUGGGGUACAUCAACAACAACCAGCGUUCAAAUCCUGCUCUGCCACUUACUAGACUUGUGGCCUUGCCAAGUUACUUCUCUGAGCUUCAGUUUCUUCCUCUGUUGUAGAAGGAUAAUAGGCAUUAGGGCUGUUGUAGGAUUAGCACAACACCUGGUAUAGUAAAUACUCAACACGUGAUAGCCACAUUAGUAUCAUUACUGUCGUUAACUACCGUCAUAAUUUUUUUAAUGUUGUUUUGGAACUGAGGGAUAAGGGGGCCAGGAGACGGGCCAGGCUCGCUCCGGUGGUUUAUCUCUGAGGACUGAGGGGUGGGGGCCAGAGGCCUCUCUCUGGAGAAGGAGGUGGGUGGAGAGGACAGGUGGAGGCGUCUCCCUGAGAGGGCUAUGUGGGAGCAUGUGUGGGGAGAAAGGCUGAGUCCUCCUUGCUGGCCAGCCUGUUCCCCACAGAUGUUGGCUGCUGUAGCUCUCAGUCUUCAGCCUUGCCCACCGCAGCAUGGCAGCAUGGUAGCUGUUUCCAGCUCUAUCGCUCUCUUCAUACCCCUGACACGACCAUAGCCAUUGCCUGCUGGCACUUGGAUUGCAUGGUCCAGUAUGCCUCCUGCACCAUUCUCUGGCCCCAAACCCACCUAGAAUACAUACCAGGUAAAGAUUAUCUAUCUAUCUAUCUAUCUAUCUAUCUAUCUAUCUAUCUCUCUUAUCUAUCUUACCUAUCCUACCUAUCUUACCUAUCUUAUCUCUGGCCUUAUCUGCCUCCAGCCCAGCCAUAAUGUGGCUUAUCUAAAGGCCUGAAAGAUGGGGCACCUAGCGCUACCCAGCUUUCCAGUUCUUUCAGUUCCCUUCUUAGGGCUUCCUGAGACACGGUGGCCAGGACCUGUGCAGAGCUCUUACAGAGGGGAUUCUCACAACCUCCAUUCCUCGUGAGCAGCUGAGGUGAGUGGCCCCCAAGAUAGGCCUGUGGGCCCUGGGCACUGCCUUUCCAGGCAGCCAGAAGAAUUCCCAGGCUGAGACUGAGCUGAGAGCUGGCCACCAUGAUGGGGGCAGGGAAGGAGAAGGGAGCAUGGGGGAGCAGAUGCCUGGGCCAGCCAGAAGGGACUUAGGGGAAGGUAGCCAGAUGUAGGAUAGGGAAGUGGAGACCAGAAGGCUUGUGAGGGGAGUCCUGGCCCCAGGAGGAAAACAGAGGAGCCUGAAGAAAGGGAAACAUCUCAAGAGGAAGGAGUUGCAGAGUGAUUGAUGGAAGGGGAGAGGGAGAAGGAUUUGGAGGUAAGAGUGCGGGAAGGGUCUGGUGUGGUGGGGACAAAGAGCUGCUGCUCAGUAGGAAAAGGGAAGGACCGGCUGUAUCAGGUUGGAUUUGGUAAUGAGCCUAUGGAGGGUCCUGCAGGGGAGCUGGGGGGUGGGGGUACAGGGGCCAACUGUAGACCAGGAGAGGGUGAAGAGGAAAGUGGGUGGGGGAGAGGCCCCAGGUAGAGUUUUGGGAUUCAUUUUAUUUUUCCAAGAGUAAGGGGACCUUUCAGAUGGUGACCAGUAACUGGUGAGACAGGACGGGGGGGUGGAGGGCUAUCCAGGGCACCUACCCCCAAGCCACUCUUGCAUUCCAUCUUUUCUCUUUCGUUUUCUUCUGAGGCAGAGUUAUCACUAUCUCAUUGGGAAAUGGUUGGUAGGAGUACCCAUCCCACUACCUUGCAGAACACAGCAAGGGAGGGAGGCCCAGGAGUCAGAGCCAAGGGAAGAAGUAAUCAUGGGGGUUGGUAAUGUGAGGUCUGGCAGCCAUGCCUCUUAUCUUUUCCUGGGUCCUCUGUUCAUCAACACUGUGGGGGUCUGGCUGGAAGAUGGUGGGCCUGCCUCCCUACCCCUCAGGCCCUUCUGAGCAAAGGGGCAACUCUGCUGUGGGAGAAAACAGACCUCACUCUUACUUUCCUUUUGGGAUAAACACUGUUCCAUCUUUUUUCCAGAAGGGUUCAACAGGGAAGUCAAAUAAUUCCAAGUCCUGAUUGUUCUAGAACCUUUGGAUCUUCAUUGACCCCAGGCUGCCAAAGGGAGAUUUAAAAACCUGAACCAAUAUCUCCCUUCCCCAAACUGAAACUGGCUUCUUUGUCUCCAGUUGGUCCAGGCACAAUGUCCAGCCUAUUUGAGGAAAUCACGAGUUGUGGUCCAAGAGAUGGAGCUGGAGGGGAUAUGAUUGCUGUCAGAAGCAUCCUUGACUCUGACAGAUUUCACUGCUUCUCUUUGGUGAGUGGGAGGAGAAAUUUCCGGAGAUGCCAGUACCACAGGACAGACCUCACCCUAGAGGACAUAGUGGAGAGAGAGAAGGAUGAAGUGCUGUUUGAUAAGCUGGAUUCUGGGCUCCAAGGCCAAAAGCCUGAGUUCCAAGUUCUGGAUGUGGUAGACUCAAAAGGAAUGUUGAUAGUGAAAUUAUCCAAAGAAAUAAUAAUUGCAGGGACCUUCCACAGAUCCCACAAGCAGAGAAUCAAGACAUUGGAGACCUGGACCCAGCAGUAUCUGGAUUCCCUUGAGAACAGUGAGUUGAAGAGAAAACUACCUACUUUGUUGCAAUCAAUCUGGGAAAUGAGAGCAGACCUCUAUCUGGUGACAGAGACUCUGGAGACAGCAAGGAAGGAAACCCUGAAAACUGAAUGGCAGUGUAUGUUGUGGAGCUGGAUGGGAGGCAGGGUCUGUGAGAGAACCAACCUUGGCCCACCCAUGGUAAGUCAGGGGGAUGCCAGCCCAGAUGUCAGGCUCUUCAGCUCUCCUUCCAGACCUCCCUUGGGACUGGCACUCAUCUCCCCCAUCUCCUGGCCCUCGGUGUCUGAGGCCCUGAUCUCUGGUGACCUGGAGGGUCCAGCAGAUCCUCUUGUAAGUAGCCUUUUUAAUCUUUUUAAUGCUGCUGGGAUCUUGGUAAAAACACAUACAGAAUCUAUUCUGAAUGUCCUGGAUGCCUUGAUUGAGAUAUCUUAGGAGCAGCAUCUUGUGGCUGAGGCCCUGGAAAAGGGGAUCCUGUCCCUGUUGAAAGACCAGAUAAAGUCUGUCCUGGAGCAGAACUGGGGUGAGCAGCCCCACGAUGUGGGCUGUGACCCUGAUGCAAGAUUUCUCUGUGCCCUCCGUGUUGCUGUCUCUGUCCUGCUGCAGCUGGGUGAGAAGCCUAUCUUAGUGUCUUCCUAACUAUGUUAGCUCUUGAACCAUCUGGAUGCUCCCCUCCCAGACCAUCCUCUCCCCCUGCACCCCCAGUCACUAGAACAAUGUCUUUAUAACAAACAGCUGACUUUUCUUUGAUAGAUCCCACUCCCUUCAUGAUAAUGCCCCCAAAUCAGCCUACAUUAUAUGCAUGGACUUUUCUAAGAGUGGCAGAUUGAUCAUAUUAAUUUUCUCGCCUUGAAAUCUCACUAAAUAAAGUACUAGAAAAGAUGUAAACCCACAAUGAUAAAGAGAACAAGGCAGCAGAUAAGAGAUUCUGACACAUCUUUGGAAACUAGCAGGUUACUAAAGGAGUUUAAGCCGGGAGGUGUGGGCCUGAGAUGUGCUGGAAGUGUAGGAGGAGACUGCUCUUCUCUCAUCUUGAGGCUUUUCUCUUUAAUAUUUUUAAGACAAGGUAAUUAAAAGUAAAAGAAAUAUAUGCUUGUAAAGCAUUUCAAAUAUUCCUCAAAGUUGAAGGCGAUCUCCCCUUCUUUCUCUAAUAUAACCACUGUUAACAUUUUGGGGUAUGUUAACAGUCUUCCUAUGAAACAGUGUUUAAAAUGGUAAUUUAGGAGCUUAUGGGUGGCUCAUUCAGUUAAGUGUCCAACUCUUGAUUUUGGUUCAGGUUGUGAUCUCAUGGUUUGUGGGUUCGAGCCCUACAUCGGGCUCUGCACUGACAGUGUGGAGCCUGCUUGGGAUUCUCUCUCUCCCUGUCUCUCUCUGCCCCUACCCCACUCAUGGGCAUGCUCCCUCUCUUAAAAUAAAUAAAUAAACCUCAAAAUAUGGUAAUUUAAACAUGAAACUAGGAUGAUAUAACAAAUUUGUUUUCUAUUUUUUGCACUAGAGUUGUUUUUUCUUUUAAAUUUGUAAAAAUAUCAUAUGCAACAAGAAUUCUUGUAGAUGCUGUUGGGAGUGUAGAUUGGUCAACCACUUUAGAAAACUGACAUAUCUACUAAACACAAGCCUAUGAGCUGGCGACUCCACUUUCUAGGCACGUACCCAAGAGAAAUGAGUGCAUGUCUUCACCAAAAGAUAUACAUUUACAAAAACAUUAGCAUAAGAGCCCCAAGCUGAAAACUACUCAAAUGUCCAAUAACUUUAGGAUGGAUAUGUAUACUGUGCCAUAUUUAUGCAAUAAGAGAGAACAUAUUACUGCUAUACAUAACAGUAUGCAUGACUUUCACAGACAAUGCUGAGCAAAUGAAGUCAGACACAAAAGAACAUAUUUAUAUUUGGGUCCUCUGAGAAGCAGGUGCCAAACUAGAAUUAGACAUGCCAAAGUCUUUUUAAGGGAAGAGCCUGUGAAGAAUAAAGGGAGAGGAAUGACAAGUCUUCAGUGCAGGUUUGAAACCUGUGAAGGGAGAGAAGGAGGGAAGAAUCGAGUAGGAAGAGUCUCAGAAUGCAGGGCAGUUUUGAGAGUCUCAGUCAAGUUGACUUCAGCAAAGGUUGUCUACUGGAGGAGCCCCCAUCAGGCAGAAAUGGCCAGGCUCUAGUGUCCCUACCAUGCUCAGCCUUUGGCUGGAAGCAGCCCAGGGGAGCUUGAUCUCAGGAGGUAGAUCUACAGGGCAGCAGCUAGAGGUUGUUAGUCAACUCUGCUUCUUGAAGCAGGUUCUCCUAAAGAAAAAUCUGAGUGGCAUCCUCCAUGGCCACCACAAUACUGUAUGAUUCCAUUUAUAUGAGGCUCAAGAGCAGGGAAUGCUUAAUCAAUGGUUGUUGAACUCAAAAUAGUGGUUAUCUUAGUGGGAAUAGUCUUAACUGGAAAGAGGCAUGAGGGAAUCUCCUGGGGUGCUGGAAAUAUAUAAAGAUUCAUUGAGCUAACAUUUAA